AUGACAGAUACCUCCUCCCUCGCCAUCACGCACGCCACAACGGAUUCCUAUCAGGUCCACGCCCAUCGCGGCUCGCCCGCUGCCGGCGAUGGCGCCGCCUCUGACUCCGGCGCACCCGAGGAAGAACCCUACACCAUGAAAUGCAUCUGCUCGUUCGAAGAAGAUGAUGGUAGCACGGUCUUCUGCGAAGCGUGUGACUCAUGGCAACACAUCUCCUGCUACUACCCCGACAAGAAAGUACCGGAAGUGCAUAACUGUGUCGACUGCGAGCCACGGCCCCUCGAUAAUCGCCGCGCCCACGAGCAACAGCGACAGCGACGGAUCCGAGAGAAGAGUGAGGAUAGUGAGCGAAAAUCAAAGCGGUCCGCCACCAAAUCUCGCAAGAGGAAAUCCAAGGGCACCGAUGCGACUGACACCGGCGUUGGACAUGACUCGGGAUCACGUGGAUCUCUUCCCGUCAAGAAACAAAGGACAUCUCGCCGUCCAUCGACCUCAACCAGUGUUGUCUCGGGUCCCUCCGGUCCUUCAACUGAAUCGCGCAAUCGACGGUCUUCCACUUCCGUCGCAAUGAGCCCAACCAAUACCUCCACUCCGUCCAUCCCUCUUUACUCGAACGAAUUCCUCUCCCUUUACGAUCGCGACGAUCAGUUCAUCGAAUCGAACAGUAUCCUCAACGACGGUGUAGAAUUUGUGAAUGAAAUCGUUGCUUGGUUGAAUGAUCCAUUGAUAUUGGCGCGUGUCACUGAUGGACUUAGUGUCGAAGACUUCGCCCAACGGUCCGAAGCUGCUUUGGAUCAGUCUCGCUGGCCCUCGUUGAAGACGAAAACCAUCACUGAUUCAAGCAUCCAGAUUGGUGACAAGCAUCCGAUCCACAAGAUUCUGACCACACAAGAUACAAUUCGUCCGAACGAAACCGUCGGUGAAAUUUUCGGCACGGUAGGCCAUGUGAAGGACUACAAAAAGCUCGACAGCAACCGGUGGGAAGAGUUGCAUCACGCCCUGCCUUUUGUCUUCUUCAACCGGCAGCUAGACUUGUACAUUGAUAGUCGCCAAGAGGGAAAUGAGCUUCGCUACAUCAGGCGCUCAUGUGAUCCCAAUGUUGUGUUGAAAAUUUACAUUACGAGCGGCAGGCAGUUGCAUUUCUGCUUUGUCGCGAAAAGAGAGAUUCCUGCAAACACAGAAAUCACCACUAUGUGGUAUUUCGACGACUAUCUCUUUUCCGAGAAUGCAUCACCGACGGAACAGAACAAGGACAAAGUGGUGGAUCCCAAUGACGCCGCUGUUUGUAUUAGCAAUACAUUGGCGCUUUUUGGCGGUUGUGCAUGCGGUCACGCCCAGCGCGGGCACCCCGAUAAAUGCGUGAUGGAAAGGCUCGAUCGCCGGGAAAAACCCCAACCUCCCGGCAAAGUGACUAAGUCGAAGGCGAAGAAUAAGCCCAAGAAGGGUAAGGCACGGGGCGGUCCGAGUCGCGCCACUAGCGAGACCACCAAACAUCCUGACGACAAUGACCCUGCCGCCGACAUACGAUCAACUUCCGGCUCCACGCGUGAUAGACACACAGGCAGUCGUGAUAUUAGCCCCAUGACUUCACAGGAACAAAAACUGCCAGAGCUCUCCAGUCGCGAAAAGCGCAAGAUCGCGGAGGCCGAGAAGCAGUUUGAGCAACUCGCCCAUGGACCUGUCAACUCCAGACGAAGAAGGCGCCCUAGCGGAUAUCACCGCCCUGCGAUGCUUUCAAGUUCAACUCAAACUAGCGACGACUUCAGACCUUACCACAAGCCUUGCCCGUCUCUACCCCUCCAGACUGCUGAGCAAUCAGCCCAGCGUCAUGGCACUUAUGUUGACGCCCAGACUCAACUCUGGGAGGAUGAUAUCAAGAGAUCAUUCCAGCGCGUUGAACGCAAAAGGCGAGGAUACGACAUCUGCCCGGUACAUCCGACUAAACUGAAACUAGCACGCUUUCGCGGGGGAAAUCACAAUGAGUUGGAUUGGGAGCAACGAAGGGCGUGGCGGGCUGGUGACCGCAGUGUCAUCCCACGUGGAGUCAUCCCGUGGUGGUCCCUCUUUUAUCCAUCCCCCGAGGGCGACCGAUCCGAGGUUGAGUUGCUCCCGGAAGAUGCGGCACUAAUGCACAUGCCACUUGAUCAUGGCCCAAUUUCGAUGCCACCUCGGUGGUCUUUCCACGUGUCCCAGUAUCCACCACCCCCAGUUUGUAUGGGCCGUGUAGUGAUUCGUGGGCUGCAUCUUGAUCGUCCCCCAAAACUGGCUUUACAGAAUAUCGAUACUCCGAGUCCUACAUCGGCCGAUUGGGGCAGACCUAGGCGCAGGCUUGACAAUGAUCCACGAAAGCCACUAUCUACUUAUUGGCCAUCCAUUGCUGCGCAUACCUAUCGGAUACCUGGAGCUGCCAUUUCAGUCAAUGUGCAAGUUUCCAUGGCACCCCCCAAUAUGCCAUCGGCGGCUAGUCCUGGCUCCGUGUCGACAGGGAGUUUAGCGUCGCCGCUUUCUCAUACGGCUUCUCCACUUUCUCUCGUGCCAGCUUCUGCACCUGCGCUAGCUGCCACCCCUGCCAAGAAGAAACUCAGUCUUGGUGAUUACAUGAUUCGACGUGGUACCAUGGCGACAACCCCAACUCCGGAAAGGACCCACGCUCCGGUUCGUCCUCCGGCUUCUGGUCCGGCUUCUCUUCGCGCCGAACAUUUUCUUGCGAUUGUGCCCGUAUUUGAUGAGAAUCACGAGUCUCAUCGUCCAAAAGUUGAAGUCGAAGGUAAUAAGGACGAGAUGGAUGUGGAUGUCCCUGCGGCAGUUGCUAAGGAUCUCCCUGAGGAAGAUGCGCCCCAGCCGCAACCAAGCAGUAAAGCGGCUAUCUCUUCGUGA